CGAGUCUCCUCACGAUCUGACGACUAUGUAUUCCACCACUGGCCUGCCCCUGUUGAUCCGUUCGUCACUUUUCGCAUAGACGUUCGCCCACCAUGGUCAAGAUCAAGUCCAUUGAGUACUUCCGUGUCCCUCCCCGAUGGCUCUUCGUCAAGAUCGUCGAUGAGGAGGGCCAAUGCGGCUGGGGCGAAAGUACUCUCGAAGGUCAUACCGAGGCGGUCGAAGGCACCCUGAAUGCUCUCUGCAAGCGGUUCCAAGGCUACGAGGCCGAUGACAUUGAGCACAUCUGGCAAAUGGCCUGGCGCCUUGGGUUCUAUCGCGGGGGCCCCGUCUUCAUGUCCGCCAUCUCAGGCAUUGAUAUUGCCCUCUGGGACCUGAAGGGUCGCCGACUCGGAGUCCCCAUCUACCAGCUCCUCGGAGGCAAGGUCCGGAACAAACUGUCCGUCUAUGCGUGGAUCGGCGGAGACAGACCCUCCGAUGUCGAGGCAGCCGGAAAAGCGCGUCUCGCCCAGGGAUUCAAAGCCAUAAAAAUGAACGCCACCGAGGACGUAAACUGGCUUGAUUCUCCUCGUGCAUUGGACUCUUCUGUCGAACGUCUCAAAACCGUCAAAGCUCUCGGUCUAGACGCUGCUCUCGACUUCCACGGCCGUCUUCACAAGCCAAUGGCCAAACAGCUCGCCAAGGCCCUCGAACCGCACCGUCCAUUAUUUCUCGAAGAACCACUCCUCUCCGAGCAUCCAGAAGCCAUCAAACAACUCUCAGACCAGGUCUCCUGUCCCAUCGCCCUGGGCGAACGUCUCUAUAGUCGCUGGGAUGUGAAGCGGUUCCUGGAAGAUGCAAGCGUCGACAUCCUCCAGCCCGAUAUUGCUCACUGCGGAGGCAUCUCCGAACUACGGCGGAUCGCCUCCAUGGCCGAAACCUACGAUGUUGCGAUCGCUCCGCACUGUCCCCUGGGAUCAAUCGCCUUGGCUGCCUGUAUGCAGGUGGAUCUGGCAACGCCGAACUUUGUCAUCCAGGAAAUGAGCCUGGGGAUGCAUUACAAUACCGAAGCCGGCGAGUAUGAUAUUACCAGCUACGUGAAGGAUGCAAGUGUAUUUGCAGUCAAGGAUGGAUACGUGGAUGCCCUGACAGCUCCUGGGUUGGGUAUUGAAGUGAACGAGGACUUGGUCAGACAGUUGGCAGCGAGUUCCGAGCCCUGGCCGCCAAAGGAGUUCUAUGGGCCUGAUGGAGGGAUCCGAGAGUGGUAAUUGUGACUCAGGGAGCAUGUUCAUCUAUUUCAUAGCAUAGCGUGGAUGCUUGAUGUUGAUCAUAGAUCUUUACAACUCUUGCAAAUUUAUAUUGACUACCUACCGAUUUUAUAUAUUCAUGAAC